GAAACACCGAGACUCACUACCUAUCAUAUCCAAAUUAAUUCACUUUUCUAAUCAGUUUAAUCUAAUUCUCUGCAGCCAAGGAUAUCCGUAUUGUGCCAACUAUCUCUAUUGGGAAUUACUACGUACCAAACAAUCAAUUGCAAAUCCAACCGUCGUAGCUCAAUGAAUUAACUGUUCAGUCUGAAAACCGAUAAUGAAAAGUGAUCACUAAUGGGCCCACUGCCGCUAAUAACCUAAUUAACCACAUAUCAUUGGUGCCAAUCAACUCCGCUCGACUGCUUCCGCGCGGCACCUCCGGUCCAAAUAAUUCUAAGGGGUCGUUUGAAAGUUGCGAAUGUUAAAUCGUUAUGUUGUAAUGAAUUACAAUAAUAUAAAUGCAUGUAUUGAUACAAUGGAUGCAUUUUAACAAUACAUUGUUUGGUUGUUGAGAUUCUACUUUAUGCAUUUAUUUACAUAAAGUUACUUUUAUGGGAAAAUUUCAUAUUUACCCUUAACUUUUAGCAUAAGACAAAAACUAAUAGGGAUAUAAAUGGAAAGAAAAAAUUGACACAAAUCUAAAAGCAACAAUCACAACAAUCUCAACUUUUAGUUGAAAUUGUAUAAUGCAUCAUUUUUUGUGAUUGUUGGUGGGACCUACCUAAAACAAUGCAUACAUUGUUUUACACUUUGGCACUUCCAAACAUUGUAUUGUGCACAAUACAUGUAUUUAACAAACAUAACUCUAACAAUCACAACUUCCAAACCAACACUAAAUUUCUUAUCCUUAAAAUUUAAUCCAAGAAUUGUCGCCGGGCCGUUCUCCCAUUAUCCCCCUCUGCCAAAAGAAUUCUGUGGACCAACAGCAAAAAAUAAAAGGGCCGGCCCAGUGGCUUAUGAUUAGGGAAUUAAUUCCUUCCAAUCUUGUGUGUGUUUCCAAUUACUCCUUGUGGGCUGACAGGUCGACUUCAAUUGGCCCAACUGCUUGCUACAUAAUCAGAUCCCAAAGUCCUGGUCCACCAAGUUAUACUCUUUUUUUUUUUUUUUUCAUUUGCCUGUGCUAUUGAAAAUUUGCAAUCUGUCUGUGGUGUCAUUUUCCUCAACUAAAACACAUAAAAAAACUCUAACACAGAUGGUAAUGGCUUUUCAACCAUUCCAUAGUCAAUCAGACCUAAAACAAGUGUCAUAUAUCUUAAACAUAUCAUGAAAUAAUUACAUUAAACCUCAAAAUCAAUAUGUUUUCAUCAAUUAUCACAACCUCACACUCAAUACUUGCUUGUCCCUAAGCAGCGACUCAAGUAUAAGAACUAUAAUAAGAGGAAACUCAACACAUACCAGGGAGACACAACCCUGCUCAAAACAUAAAAACCCAUGACACUUAAAACACAACAUCAAGACUAGAAAUUUACCCUUGUACUCUUGUGAUAAUCAUUAGUUUAUUUCUCAAUGGAUGAGCUGUGCUUUAAUGAUCAUACCAUUCACCCCUCUUUCAAGUUCUUUGCAACCAUUUACCCAGUGGCGUAGCCAGAAUUUUCUAUAAGGGGGUGUCAAUUUUUUAAUCAAUAUAUUUUAUAUGAGAAACUAUUAAUUUUUGCAAUGACUCACAACAUUUUUCUACUCUAAUAAAACUUGUAAAUUAUAUAUUCUUCAUCUAAACUAUCAAAGACCUUAUUGUCAAUAUAUCCUAUCGAUUAGUGCUUCAUAAUUUUGUUAAUCAUUCCAAUCCAUGGCGGGUUACGGUAAAGACUCUCUAGUGCUCAUGGAUAACUGAUGAAAGUCGGUUGAAUGAAAAAAUAGAGCCGAGAGACCAUGUUUAAGAGGAAAAGUUUUGAUUGGAAUUGAAAAGGGAAAUAUAGCAAUAUUCUAUCACAAUAAGUUCACCUAGUGAUAUUGUGACGAUACGAAUGUGGUUCCAUGUACAAGAUUUCAUUAUAAACAAUAAUAUACUCUUUUAACUUUGUUCUACCAAACCAAGGGUGUGCCAAGGCACCCCCUCCUAACAAGGUGCCUCUGCCCCUGCAUUUACCAUUGACUGACUCAAAUCUGAUGCAACUUACCAAAUUAGCAACACUAAAAUUUGAUCGUCAGUAGUGGGUAACUAACAACUUACGGUGCAACAAUUAAUCAAAAUAAACCCGGCUUACUCACAUCAUUCAUAAGUAACCAAUUAAGCAUGAUAUUCUAAAAAAACUCAUGGGAAGCUUUUAGCAAAUUUUAUAUUAACUUUAAGCGCAUCACUACAUUUUUUUACAAAGAGAGUCUGUUAUCUCUUUCUGAUUCUGCUUGCCGAGCAGUCGUAUUUAGUACAAGUGGCCUUUGUUUCUUACUACUGGUGACCGAGCAGGAGCAAUUUUUGCUUCUUAGCACUCACAUAAGAACUUCGUUUAACUCCUUUUCCUCGAUCCGUGUGGAGGGUCAAUGCUGUAGAUGAGUGUUAGAUGGGUGCCCUCUAUGCACAUUCUCAAAUGGCACUUCACUCAGCGGGAGAUUGUACUUUUUGUACCCCUGUGCAAUGAGUGAUUGCCUCGCACGAUUUUGGUAUUUUACCCACGAUUUAAUUGUUAUGGCAAAAUUCUUAUAUUUUACUAGUCAGGUAAAAUUAUUUUUCUUUUAUAAAGAUACAAUUCAUCUCAUAUAAAACAUGCAAAACAUAGAGACUAAUUGGAAAAGUCAAAAACUCACAGCAGAUGAAAGUAAGCAUGGUAUCCAAACAUAUCGAAUGGUCAAUGUUUUCCGUCUACCCGCUUCACCCAUAGCCAUAACACUAUUCUUCUAAAACUGAGUGUUGUCAAUCGAGUUUGGUAGUUCAAAGCACAAAAAAACAUAUGAAUUACAUUUUCUUUCUCUUUCACUAUCUCUAGCAAGAUCUCUCUUCCUUCUUUUUCUCAAUAUUUUCCUUGACUCUGUUAAGUCGGAAUAAGACAACUACAAAAAUAAAACAAUAAAUCAAUACCAAUCCAUUAGACAAUCACUACCACUUUAAAAAAUACCAAUAUCAUUGUAGAAAUAAAUUAAUACCAUUAUGAAAAACAAUACCAUUACACUAAAACUACCUAUAUAAACAAUCUAUAUCAUUAGAAGAGUCAAACCAAUACCAAAAUCAACCAAUGCCAUUACUAUUGUGAAAUCAAAACAAUAUCAUUGCAGAAAUAAAUCAAUAUUAUUAUGAAAAACAAGACUAUGUUAUUUCAUAAAACAAUGCAAUGAACGAGCAUCAAAACUAAAAAAACUCUAGAUCAAGAUUUUUAUGUUCUCCUGAUCUACGAUGGAUAGAGAGAGAGGGAGGGAGGAGAGGAGGGCAGCGGGAGUAAGGGAACCUCCAAAGGCGGAGGUGUUGACGUUGAUGAAGAAUGGAGUUGCAGUAGGGUUUGGGUAUAAUAUAUAAAAAUCGAGUUUUUAAAGGAUAGAUAUUAGAUGUUAUUUUUUUAUUCUCAAAAUGACCAUUAAUCUAAUCUUCACUUUCAAUUUAAAAAUAGAGUGGAAUAAAGACAAUGAACGGUGUAGAUUUUGGUAACCACCGUAAUUACUCAAUUCGCAUUACGAAAUGGUUGGCUAUUCUACUCACACAGUUUUAGUUAGCAUAGAGGUAAAUAGAAGAGCUUAAAUUUACAUUCUCUUUUCAAAUUACCACUUUUUUUUUGUUUUGUUGCCAAACGUGUGAUUUGGCCAAAAUUACUUAUUCACAUUGCCUGAAGUUAUCUAACGCUUAGGUGCAAGAGUUUAAACUUUAAACGCAUCUUCUUGAAUAGGGGUGGCUAUACGGUCCGGUCCGGUUAAAUUGGCCCAAAUUGAUCCGGUCCAGUCCGGUCUUUUUGAAAAUAUAAGGACCGAAGAUUGGAUUGGAUACAGUCCGGUCUUGAUCCGGUCCGGUCCCAAUUCGGUCUUGAUUUUACAUUGAGAUUGUGAGAUUUGAGUGGCCUAAGGCCUUAAAGGGUGAGGAGUUGGUUAAGUUUUGUACUAAGUGCAAAGGUUUGUGACCGUUUAUGCAAAUUACCCUUAAGUUUUGGGUGUUGAGCUCUCUUAUCCGGUCUUUAUCCGGUUUUUCACCUCAAAUCUAAGCCCAAAGAUUGGAUUGGAUUGUUUACUAUCCGGUCCCGGUCCGGUCUCGGUCCGGGUUAUACGGUCCGAUCUCGGUCCGGGUUAUACGGUCCGAUCUCGGUCCGGGUUAUACGGUCCGGUUUCCGAUUUUUAAUCCGGUCCCGGUCCAAAUAGCCACCCCUAUUCUUGAACCAUACUACUAAGUAAAGAAAAUUAUAUUCCAAAAUCUAGCUGGUUCCAAGUAGAAUCUUCCCCAAUUCUCCCUUUUUCUGUUUAGAGGUCAACCAUUUUAAAAUGUUAUUUUGUUUUUGAUGAAUAGCUUAGAGUCAAAUUCCUGGAAAUAAUGAAUGAAACGUCAAGAGUUUGAAAUUACGUUGAUCCUUUUUAUACUUUACAGAACUAUGUAGCAUGCAUGGGAUUGUCAUUAGUAAUAAUUGUUUAUGCACCACCGAUUACCUACUUUUCGUAGUUCUGCUGCGCUCCAUUAUUUUACGUUCGUUGAAACUUCAACUUCAAUUUGCGACGAGGAUAAGCUAUUUUAUUAAGAUAUUAAAAUUAAUACUGAUCAGCUAAUUAGAUACGAUGAAUAGGUUCACGAUUUAGAGGAAUCAUACGCCUUAUUGUGUGAAGUUGAACGAGUUAAGAAUUAAUUCAUUUCACCCAGAAACAAAUUUUUUUUAUAAGUUUGUUCAAAGGGUUGUCAUCACCCGAUUGUUGAAUGAGGAAUUUUACACGGUAUUUACUAUUUUGGUUUUUUUUUUUAAAAUAUUUAUGAUACAAAUUGAAAAUGUACAUUUAAAUUUAAAUUUUAUGGUACAAAUUUCAUUUGUUGUUAUAUUUUAUUUUGUAAAAAUUCAUUUGGUACAAACUGAGCUAGCACCAUAACACAAACGGCAACAAAUUUAUUAAUGAUACAAAUUGAAUUUUUAUAUUUAUAUUAGGAUACAAACUGAACUUGUACUAUUACAUAGUAAUGCAAAUUCUUUCAUAGUACAAACUGAACUUAUACUUUUUUUUGCGUUAUCAUACAAGUUCAAUUUGUAUCUCGGACAAGCUCGAGCUAAAUAAGCAUCAAGAGAUAAUCGAAUAAACUGGAUAAAAGGUAGAAAUAAUUUAUCUUCUCUUUUGUUCCUUUUGUCGACUCACGCUUGUCCCACUUCUUUUCACAUAUAUGAUUAAAUAAUUGAUUAUAAAAAAAAGCUUUCACACUUUUUUUCACUGUGUAUAUAUCAAUCACGAAGAAGAAGCGACUUUCUUACGUGAGAGGAAUUUUCCACUGAUUCACACCUCACCCAACUCAAAAUUGAAAUCAUUACCCUCCUUAAAUCCCAUCUAAUUAAUUAAUCAUUCUUAUCUAGAACAAAAACGACUUCGUUUCAACCCCGCACGCCUCUUCUCUCUCUCUUCUCUUCAUCCCCGCCACCACCCACCACGCAUAUAAAUAUAUCCACAAUCCAAAUCCAUAAUUCAUUAUUAACCCCUAAAAAAAUCUUAAUUACCCUGAGAAAUGGGGAACAGCAUCGGCGGCAGGGGGAAGAAGGCGGCGAAGGUGAUGAAAGUGACCGGGGAGACGUUCAAGCUGAAGACGCCGGCCACAGCAAACGACGCCGUCAGGGACUACCCGGGCCACGUCCUCCUGGACUCGGAGGCCGUCAAGAACUUUGGGAUCCGGGCCCGGCCGCUCCAGCCCGGCCAGGACCUGAAGCCCAACAAGAUCUACUUUCUGGUCGAGCUGCCCAAACUCCCGGAAAGUUCAAAUCCGCAGCAGCAGCAGCAGCGCGGGGCUCGGCGCGUGAGAUCCGGGAUCCACGUCAGCGCCAAGGACCGCCUCGAUUUCCUCAUGCUCUCCAAGCGAUCCGUGUCGGAUCUCACCGGGAACCGGACCAGCGCCGCCGAGGCCGAGGUGGGCCCCAGCGGGUCGAUGCGCGUGAAGGUGCGGCUCCCGAGGGCGCAGGUGGAGCGGUUGGUGGCUGAGAGCAGCGGCGGUGCUGAGGUGGCGGAGAAGAUUAUCGAUCUUUAUAUGGGGAAUUCCGGCGCGGGGAUUGGCGGCGGCAGCAGGGGGAACUCACAGCGGCAUGUUCACUGGCGGCCGGAGCUCGUGAGCAUUGAAGAAAGUUUGAAGAUGCACGAGAAGAAGAAGGAAGUGAGUUUUGUUGCAGCUGAUCAAGGAGAAAGUCGUGCAGGCCAUUUAUAGCAAGCCCCCUUUUUUUUGCCGCUGUGAUCAAAGUUCUGCACUUAAAUUGUUCCUGUUUCUUUGAUUCAAUCGCUUUUGUAAAUUGUUGUGCUGUUGCUUAAGUGUAAUAUACAGCAUUGUUGAAUCUGUAGCCUCAAGUUUGUAUAGCGAGGCGGCGAGAGCUAUAGUGAGCAAAUAAUCAUUGGAAUUAGUUGCUUCGGUUUGAAUUAUAAUUAGUUGGUUUUAUAUAUGUCCUGCUCAAAAUGGAAAAAAAAUAAUUAUAUAUCUUCUCGUGAUGAAGAUAUAAUCAUUGGAAUUAUAAGAAUGAACAGAAUGCUACUUACGUCGCAAAAGCUGUUCUAUAUGUUUCAUGCCUGUACUAAAAAUAACCAAUUUAACUUUGCUCGGGAUUGAUGUCUGAUGUCCAGGUCACAAGAACAUAAUUCAGAAGAAAGAUUUCCAUGCAGUGUUCUUCGUGCUUGAACCUAGAAAAAACAUAGCACUGAGAUAAAGAACAAAACAACCGAAGAGAACAUAAAGUAAAGGGAGUCACAUUGAGAUUUUGAACGUGGUUCACCAAGUUAAGGUUACACCACGUCACAUUGAAGAUAGUAUACUAAAUUACUAACUAUCUCGGGAGACUCGUUUUAUUGAGUUUUUCACCUAGUAAUCAAAUCCAAAUUACGCAAUAACAAAAGACCCAUAAUAGAACGAUGAAAGAUGUAACUCAUAUUUCAAUUCAUAGCCAUUGCAACCUUGACGAUGUAGAACCUAUGGCUCUAUAUGCGUCAAGCCCUUUGUAAUCCAAAACCUAGUAAUCUACCACUAUCUUUGCAUAAAAGGUUUUCAAAACA